AUGGCUCCACCCCUCAUCUUCUGGCACCGCCCCUUACUAAGGGAUACUGAGCAUUGCUCAUGUGGAACGGUUCUCACUCUGUUCCCUCCCGUCUAUCCCCAGUUCUUCAUCAUUGUCCUCAUCAUCUUCAUUGCUGAGGUGGCUGGCGCUGUGGUGGUCCUCGUCUUCUCCCCCCUGGCAGAGGAGCUGAUAAGGAAGGGAGGUGAAAAGGUGGUGGAGGAUCUCAAGACGUCCUAUGGAUCACAGUCGGACAUCACCACCAUCUGGAACAACACCAUGAAAGAGUUCAAGUGCUGCGGAUUCAAUAACUACACCGAUUUCAUGAACUCUUCCUUUGUGAAUGCCUACAACAUGUAUCCGGAGCAGUGCUGCAAAAGUCAGCCGUGCAACAGCAGUAACGUGUCCAGCUCGGCCGUGAAGGGGUGUUUCCCUGCUUUGGUGGAGUUUGUGAAGAAGAACGCUGUCGUCUUGGGGGCUGUCGCCCUGGGCAUCGCUGCUCUGGAGAUUGCGGCUAUGGUGGCGUCCAUGACCAUGUACUGCAAAAUAUCCUCGAAGUAACAAGGCGGUAGGGACGUCGAGAAGGAGGGAGGGUCAACGGGAAUGAUUCGGCCUCCAAAUUCCCUUGUCACACCGAAGAAUGAAGCACAGAAUUGACUCUUCACCUCCUCAGCGCGGGCUAGGCUGAACGGACCCUUUUCAGGAAAAAGGCUCGGAUGAAGCUACGCCUCUCCUGUCCCACUGUGCACUGCUGAAUGACCGCUUCGUACUUCAUUUCAAUUCUAUUACCAAUUACCAGGGGAAAAAAACGAGUCAAAAACUACUCUCUAAUAACUAAAUCCCCGACAGAACAAAAAAUGGAGAGGGGGUGGGUAAUAGUCAUCACAGGAAUCGGAAAAGCGAAUUAAGUUUGACCGGCACACCAAUUUAACCGUUUAUGAGAAGUACCUACAAUUAAAUGCAUCUCCCGAGAAAUUUGUUCUUGUUGCUUUAUUUUGGCUGGGAGCUCUGUACUCUCUUGGAAAGACAGGCCCAUCUCUUUAGGUUUGAUCGUACUUUGGCACUUUAAAAGAUGAUUUUUCCUGCUUUAGAUAAUUUUCAGAUGUGUUACAUUUGCUUUUAUUUCAUCUCACCCUGCUAACUCCGAGCCGGAAGUCCGAUGCCAGUUGUUUUUCUUUUGUAAAAAGGUCAACGUUUCUUUAGACAACGCCUCUACAUGUUUUAACUUUUUUUUAACCAAACGUCCGUCUGGAUUCUGAAGAUAAAUUCGGAGCAGUGAGAAUCCUUGUUAUCGCACUGUUCUCACUUUUUAAAAAAUUGCACUACGAUUCUGAAGUUUUAUAAUUUGUUUUAAACUUUUUUGGUUUUGUGAAGAUUCUGUUCAAUUCCAUUUGAGUGAAUUCACAAGGAAUACAUAACUGGCUCACAGGGAUGUGUAUUUUUCUUUAAAAAAGUAUUUGUUGUGACUCGACGAAAAAAGAUAACGUUACAGAGUAAGCAAUGGAGAAUUUUAUAUAAUUGUGUUUUCCAUGUUUAUUGCUUUUAAAUGAUCGACCUUAUUAGUGAUGUUCUAAUUACAACGAGAUGUUUCAAUUGUCCUACUAGUUAUUAGAAUUGUUGUUUAUAAUUUGUUAUUACGGCGUUUAUGUAGAAAAUGAAGGAAAUUGUGGUGUUGAAGUCAUACACCAAGGCUUUGCUGUACAAUUAAAGACACUUGAAAACAUUUAGUAACGCUUCCAGAAUGUACUUGACAUCAAGCUUCUAUAAAACGAAUGCGUUUUAAGAUCCUUUAAGAUUUUUUUUUUAAAUCGGGUUCAAUACCAUUUUCAUCAUUCUUCUCGUUUUGGGGGGAUUAUAAAGUUGUUAUAAAAUUUUUGAAUGACUAUUAAUUUUACCAAAAUAAAGAAACGUGGUUAAA